CAAGUCUUCUUUCUCCUUUUCUCACAAGUACUUUGAUUCAUACAAACCAUUAUAAGUACCACUCCCUUCCCAUUCUCUCUUGCCCAACCCAUCUCUCUCUCCCCCUCUCUGUCCGUCUCUGUUCUUUGAGCCAUUACGAAGCGGCCAUUAUUUAAGCCCAUUUUACUUCAUUAAUCUUUCAUAAAACAACAAAGAAAGAUGAAGGAAACCCAAUUCGUUAUUGAAGCCGUAGAUGUGGAAUCCAUGGCCAAGGAGUCGGGGCUUUCUGUCCUGCAACUCCUCGCAUCACUGGCCGAAUCCGCGAAAAGCCUAGCUAGGCCCCCCAUUUCCAAAUACCCCGUUGGAGUCGCCGGAUUAGGAUCCAACGGCCGCAUCUUCCUCGGCGUAAACCUCGAAUUCCCUGGCCUCCCCCUCCAUCACUCUGUCCACGCUGAGCAGUUCAUGAUCACCAACGCCGCCAUCAACGGUGAGACCCAACUCCGCUAUAUCGCCGGCUCCUCCGCCCCCUGCGGCCAUUGCCGCCAAUUCAUGCAAGAAUUGCGCAACGCAUCCGAUAUUAACAUCUUGAUCACUUCCACCACCCAACACGGAAGAGACGCAGAAGCUGUGUUUCGGCCGAUAUCCGACUUUUUGCCUCAUCGAUUCGGUCCUGAGGACCUGCUUAACAAGGACGUGCCUUUGCUUUUAGAGCCUCGUCAUAAUGGCUUGGCCUUCAACAAUGACGACCACAGUAGUAUCAAGACCACCGGCGACGUCAUGGCAGAAGAUUACGAGGAGAAGAAAGACAAACUAAAAUUGGCAGCACUGGAAGCUGCUAACGAGUCACACGCGCCUUACAGCGGGUGCCCGUCCGGGGCGGCGCUUAUGGACACGGAGGGGAGGAUUUACAAAGGGUGGUACACAGAGUCUGCCGCGUAUAAUCCGAGCUUUGGGCCGGUGCAAGCGGCGUUGGUUGCGUAUGUGGCGGCCGGCGGCGGUGGCGGAUAUGAGGAGAUCGUGGCGGGGGCAUUGGUGGAGAAGGAAGGAGCAGUGGUGGGCCAAGAAGGCACGGCACGGUUGCUGUUGCGAUUGGUGUCACCGCGAUGUGAGCUCAAGGUGUUCCAUUGCAAGUAAUCAGUCAGUUGCCGUUUCGGUUUCAUGAACUCAUCCUUCAUGCUAUAUUGUAGCGUCAUUUGUACAGAGAAGUGGGUCCCACUGUCCUUUAGAAUUUCGAUAGGGGUAAUAGCAUAUAAGGGCAA